UUUUUAUAAGUAACUUGUAAACUUGUUUACAGAUGUCUUAGAACAUGCUUGUUGAAUUAUGUGAUUUGGGUCGAAGAUGCAAAAGAGCGGUUGACAGCUAUAUGUCAUUGAGGAAAGCUUUCUUAUUAGCUAUCGUUGUGCUAGGAUUUUUGCUGUAUGUUGGUCCCUCGAUGUUUCGAUGGCUGAGAAAAAAGACUCCAAUAAUGAUAGAUCCCAAUAUUGGGUGUAUUGCUGCAAAUAUAAAUGCUCUUGUUCGUGAAUCAUAUAAUUUUGAUACAAGUGUUUAUCGUUCUUAUGAACCAGAUGAAAAUUUCUUUCUACCAUAUGUUGGAAAUGGAAAAAUAGGUGUACCCCUUGAUGGAAAUGAACAGCUAUACAUAUUCUACAAGCGUUCUUUAUCAGUACCUGUAAAUUAUCACCCUAUAGUGCAAGUAGAUAUUCCAGGAGCUAGCAGCCAAGAGGGAUCAGCAACUCAGUUUACCAAUGGAAUUGCUUAUAAAUUUCAGUGUUUUAAUAUGAGGCGGAAACCAGUCAGUGUAAUCCAUCAGUUUUAUGCUUAUCGUAUUGUACCAUCCCUUCUAAUUCAACAAAUUGAAAUUGUGAAUCCGCUUAGUGAAGAUUUGACUCUUAUAUUAAGACAAGAAUCAGCUACAAGUAAUGAACACAGCCCUUUAGUUAUAACAUUACCAAAUGGAAAUAAAUUUGAUUAUAAAGUAUUUUCUGAAGAAGUAAAAGUCCCUGGCUCAACAGAAACCAUAAUGCUUUCUAUUGCUGCAGCAAAAGUACCCAGCACAAUAACAGUAUCACCAAAGAG